CCGAAUUCACAAAGAUGAAGUCCAAAUUCACAAAGCUGAAUUCCAAAUUCACAAAGCUGAAGUCCAAAUUCACAAACCUAAAUUACGAAUUCAAAAGUCGAAAGUCCAAAUUCACAAACAAAAAGUUGGAAUUCAAAAAGAUAAGAUCGAAUUUCAAAAAGCAAAAAUGUGAUUUCAAAUAAGUAACAAGCAAUUUCACAAAACAAAAAUGCAAUUUCAAAAAGAUAAUGUUUGAUUUCAAAAGAUAUUCUGAACUAACUACAGACAAAGCUGCUGCACCUGAAUUUUAUAUUUUUAUAAGAGGUGCUUAUAAGAAAAGGUACAUAAAUUUCCGCAUGAGGAAUACAUCUGCUAAUAUUAUGUAAUAUUCCUAUUUGGAGGAACUCAUUUAACAAAAAUAGCACAUGGAACACGUGAUUUUUUACAACAAUUGUUUAUGAAUCCACAUGAAUCAUUCUGAACGUUGAACUCACAGAUGCUUACCUCAUUUGCUCUGUUAACGUCAAUAACUUGCUGUGAUUUAUUUUAUUGUAGCCAGGUAUGUCUCAGUCCUCAACGGAGGUUGACCAUUUUUUUAACCAUGAUGGGGAUAUGCAAGUUGAGGUAGAAUUGACAGAGGUUGAAAAUCCAGUUCCUGACGGAGCUCCUGACGAAGCUGGACCUGCCGGUGGCGGUGACGGCCCACCACAGCCGCGAGGCAGGCGCGGCCCUCCGCCGGGCACCAGGCGUGGGCCGUACAAGCGGAUCCCCCGGGAUGCCCAAGAGCGGGUCGUGGCCGUGUUCAAUGAAGGUGGAGACUGGAAGGCGGCUGCGACAGCGAAUGGAAUUCCGGUCCGCACUGCCUACGGGUACAUUACGAGGCCCGAAGGACAGCUGCCGCGUCCCCGUGGCGGUGCCACAAAGAAGAAAGUUACCCAGGGGAUGGUCGACAAGAUGGUCACUUACGUCGAGGAGAAUCCAUUGAUAUCUCUCGUGGAGAUCGGUCGCAAUUUGCGCCAGGACACCGGUGUCACCAUAUCCGUCCCGACCAUCCACCGCCACCUGCACGGCCAGCUGUUUACUAUGAAGAAGGUCGUGGCCGAGCCAGUGGCCAUGAACAACGCCGCAAAUAAGCAGAAGAGGGCCGAGUACGUGCGAAAGAUGAUGGCGGCGACGGGGAGUGGGAGAUCGGUGCUCUACAUGGAUGAAACGAACGCGAACCUGUUUUUGCGGCGUUCUCAGGGCCGAUCCCGCCGCGGCCUGCGAUGUUCGGUGAAGGCCGCCACCAGUAAGGGCCCCAACGUCCAUAUCAUCGGGCUGAUGUCGCAGACCGGCAUCAUCUACUGGGAGCGCCGACGAGGGUCCUUUCGGAAGACGGACUGCUCUGACUGGCUGCGACGUGCCCUGCAGGCCUGCCCUCUGCCGCUCGACCAGGUGACGAUCGUCUGUGACAACGCGCCGGUACACUGUGACCUGGAGGCAGUUGCAGCCGAGUUCCCUGGUCUGGAGCUGGUACGGACAGCGCCAUACAGCGCGCCGUUGAACCCGAUUGAGGCUGUCUGGUCUGCAGUGAAGGCGAACAUGAAGCGGGGCAUGGCGUCAUCAUUCAGCGCCAUGAUGGACACGACUGACGGCAUCACCCAGCAGGAGCACCGGCUGCGCUACCUGGAGGCCAAGAUGGACGCCGCCAUGGAGUGCAUCAACCCGGUGAUGUGCAUGAACUUCUACAAUCACGUCCAGCGCCACUAUGCCGGGUGCGUGGCCCUGGCCGACCUGGCGAUGGGCGUGUGAGAGUGAUGGAGGUUCAAGAUAUGUUACUGAUUUGUAGUGGCUUAGUUCCAAACGUGCCCUACGGCGUUGUCAGACAAGCAGCUUUGCGUUGUUUUUGUCUAAGUCGCAAAUAAAACUGUCCGUCCGUU